UUCAUCAAAGAGAGGGGCCGUAAGUUCGGCUCGUUUUCGCACCGACACGUGGGCGGCGCCUACCCUAUACUCAAACUGCUGGACAGCGGGGGCCGUGUGGUGGACGAGCUGAACAUCCAGAAGUGGGACACCGACACCAUUGACCAGUUCCUCACCGAACACUUGGUGUCCGCUUCUUCGUGAGCACCCGACGCACACUCCCGGCGCUCGCACUACCUGUCCCUCGAUAGUGAUGACAACGAGUCGACUAAAUCUACUCAUUAUUGUGGACGCGAUUCGUUUGAAGCGUUUUUUAUCAAUUUAAUUGAAUUUAAAUUAAUUUUCAUUAAAUUAUUUCUAGAAAUACACGCUUUUGUACGUUAUUUAUGAGUCAAUCACAUGUCAAAUGUUUUUGGCAAUCCUUUGGCGAAAGUACACAUCAGUCUUAGAUAACACGUUCAUAGAUAACGUUAUGUAUACUCGAGGGUAGGGUUGAAGUGAAUUAAUGAAAGCUAAUGUAAAACCAAUGGCGGGACACAUAAAGGGGAAUAAUAAUGCACUAAAACGGUUAACGUAUGUCGUGAAUGACUAACACUUUCACAGGGAGUAUUAAAUCAUGAAAUAUAGUGAACUGUAUUUCAGUUCAUUACUCGUAUUUCUG